UUCAGUGCAACGCAUCAUGGUCUCGUCCUCUUCUAUUUCUCUGUGAUCAACACAGUAUGGCUCCAAGAAAGGGUCAAAAACAACAAGGUGGAGAACAGAACAUCUCUCUUGGUCCUCAGGCCAGUGAAGGUGAAGAUGUCUUCGCUGUUGCACACAUCUUCGCUUCGUUCAACGAUACUUUCGUGCACAUUACUGAUCUGUCUGGAAAAGAAACAGUUGUUAGAGUAACAGGAGGAAUGAAAGUUAAGGCUGAUCGUGAUGAGGCUUCCCCUUAUGCUGCAAUGUUGGCCGCGCAAGAUGUGGCUGCUAGGUGCAAAGAGAUUGGUAUUACUGCUCUGCACAUUAAGCUUAGGGCAACUGGAGGCAACAGAACAAAGACUCCUGGCCCCGGUGCCCAGUCUGCUCUGCGAGCUCUUGCUCGUUCCGGAAUGAAGAUCGGACGUAUUGAGGAUGUUACUCCAAUACCUUCAGACAGUACAAGGAGAAAGGGUGGUCGCCGUGGACGACGUCUGUAAAUUUGCGCCUGUGACAAGCGGUGAAAUAAAAAAUAACAACUCUAGAGACAA